CAAUGCCAGUGUUAUGAUCGGUUUUUUUCACCACAGACUAUUCAUCUGUCAUAGCUAUCAACUCUGUCAUAUCCCCGAAAACUAACCAGACACUUCAAGAUUUUGGUUAUCGAAGAUGAUACCUAGAGAUUUGACUUCAAUUUAUGGAGGAAAUACUCUAUCUCUUGGAAAUGGGAUAAAUACUCGAAAUGUUGAAUAUACGGUAGAUUUAACUGGAAACUUCCACUUUUAAUACACUAAUUGAUAACAAGAUUUUGGUUGAUCUCCCAUGGGCAACUCGUGCUGCUCCAAUCAUAUUCGAUAAAGCACCAGAGAAGACAAGGCCAACAAAUAUUCAAACAUCGCUCCAAAUGACAGCGACAUAGAGUCCUGUCAAAAUGAUACUUUUCACGUUCGCAAUACUGCUACCACCCUACACAUCCUCGCAAUUCGACCUACCCGGCAGAAUGGCGGAUUUGGUCCCUAGUGUAUUUCGAAUCGUCAAAGGUCAACCCUGUUCGGUGAGAGACCACCCCUACAUGAUAUCCCUCCAGCUCGCGCCCGCCAUGCGCCACUUCUGCGGAGGUACCCUCCUGUCCCCAGGUGCCGUGCUGACGGCUGCGCACUGCAUCAUCGACUUCGAGAACAACCCCGGCGACAUCUGGGCCGUGGCCGGCUUGACUGAAGACGAGCCCUCCGAUAUCCAGAUGAGGCGGGUGAGGAGCGUCCACAUCCCCCGCAGCUACUCCACUGUCACGAUGGUGGGGGACAUCGGCAUCCUGGUCGUCGACAGCGCCUUCGUCAUGGACGAUUUCGUCCACCCGGUGGCGAUAUACCCUUAUAGAAGCACGGACGUGGUGAAGUUCUGCCCCCGAGGACAGAUUAUGGGGUGGGGAUCCACGUCGAGCGAGACCAGAGGCGUCGAAGAACCUGUCUUGCGCUGCGCCGUGGUGCCGGUCUUGUCCCAUUCGAAGUGUCAGCAGCACCUGCAUCUGUUCAUGGAUAGGAGCAAGAUAUGCGCCUUGGGUCAAGGUGAAGAUGCUUGUAUUGGAGAUUCGGGAGGGCCGAUGAUGUGCGGGGGAGUGCAGAUUGGGAUUAUAUCUAGCGGGCACGGUUGUGGAGCUAAGAACCACCCGGGUGUGUACACUAGGGUUGAUUACUACUUCAAGUACAUAACGAGGAUUGUGAACGGUCAGAGCAAAUGUUUUGAUGGCAAGGUGGUUGUUUUUUCAGUUACGGCGUGUUUAGCAUCUUUUAUAAUUGAUUUUUGACCCGGUAGAAGUACCUUUUUGUUCUUAGAUUACACAAAAAU